AUGGGCCUAGGAGCAACGUACACCUUUAAGAAGCAUAUUCCUAAUCCACCCUUCCGCUACUAUUAUGCUAACACUAUGGGGCUUGAUCCAAAUAUCAAUCACUACCUCCCACACGACACUGACGAAAGAUCAUAUUUGGAGCCAUUCACAAACUUUGCACCCCCAGCUCAAGAUGACGUCUUCCAAGCCCUAACGAUGCCAGAUGUAGGUGCCCUCGGAGAAUCGUCCAAUAAGACCAAUGUCUACGGCAAAUGCCUCAUAGAACUGUCGUUGGACGUUACGUUCAUGACUAAGCCUGUCGGUCACGGACACCUGGAGAAGGCUAUACCUCUCAUUAAAGCAGCUCUGUCUUCAAUUAACCAAUAUUCAUACUCGCGUUAA